AUGAAGCUCUGGAUCUUGGGUACUAGUAUCUUCCUAAGGAUUUGGAGGACUUACGUGUUUCCAGGAAGCAUUGGCUGGCUGGACUUCCUCCAACAUUUGGGAAUUUGUUGCUUUGUGGCUUUGCUUUCAGCGAGUUUCCUCUCAGCAGCCUUCUACUGGGUCCUGCCAUCCGUCGCCGUGUUCUCUGUUGUCUGGAUGGUCAUCUGUGUUUUUCUGUGCUGUUCCAAACAUGCACGAUGCUUCAUUCUUCUCACCUUUCUCUCUUGUGGCCUCCGUGAAGGUAGGAACACUUUGAUUGCUGCUGGCACAGGGGUAGUGAUCUUCGGACAUGUGGAAAAUAUUUUUUAUAACUUCAGAUGUCUCCUAGACAGCAUGACUUGCAACCUAAGGGCAAAAAGCCUUUCAAUACACUUUCCGCUUUUAAAACGAUAUACUGAAGCCAUCCAGUGGAUUUCCGGCCUUGCCACUCCGCUGAAUGUAUUUGAUGACCUUGUUUCUUGGAACCAGACUCUAGUGAUCUCUCUUUUCAGUCCCAGCCAUGCCCUGGAGGCUCAUAUGAAUGACACUAAGGGAGAAGUCCUGGGUGUCCUGCACCAUAUGGUGGUUAUGACAGAACUUCUGUCAUCCCUGGGCCAGAAGCUGCUUGCCCUCACCGGGCUCCUGCUCAUCCUCCUCAGCACUGGCCUCUUCAUGAAGCGAUUCCUGGGUCCUCAUUGCCAGAAAUAUGAGAAUGUCUAUAUCACCAAACAAUUUGUUCAGUUUGAUGAAAAGGAAAGGCACCAGCAGAGGCCCUGUGUCCUUCCGCUGAGUAAGAAGGAAAGGAAGAAAUACAUCAUGAUCCCGUCUUUGCAGCUGACUUCUAAAGAGAGAAAGAACCUAGGGCUGUUUUUCCUGCCUGUCCUGACCUAUCUCUACAUGUGGGUGCUGUUCGCAGCUGUGGAUUAUCUGCUGUAUCGACUCAUUUCCUCCGUUAACAAACAGUUCCAAAGUUUGCCCGGGCUGGAGGUUCACUUGAAACUGCUUGGGGAGAAGCGAGGAACUCAAAGAGUCAUUCAUGAUUCUUUCUUCAAUAUAUCUAUGUUCGAACCCAGCUGCAUUUUAAAACCACAGCUCAGCAUGUCUGAGACUUGGAUCCCUCUCAGUGUUAUUCUUAUAAUGCUAACAGUACUAGGACUGUUGUCUUCCAUGCUGAUGCAGCUUAAAAUUCUAGUGUCAGUAUCUUUCUACCCUGAAGUGGAGAGGGAGCGAAUCCAAUACCUCCAUGCAAAGCUCCUGGAGAAAAGAUCAAAGCAACCACUGGGAGAAGCUGAAAGCAAACUGAGCCUGUCCUUUAAAAAGAUUCAUUUCUGGCUUCCAGUCCUGAAAAUGAUUAGGAAGAAGCAUAUGAACACUGCAAACAAAGAUGACCUGUGAGCAGCAUGGAGGCCCCUCUUCCUGGUCACAGUUACUGUGUGUCCAACAGUAGGGGGCUAUGUGAGAGGGCUACAGUGCUUGAGCUUGCAGAGCCUUCUUUCUCUCUGGUUAUUCUUCAAGCCACUUGUCAAUCAUAAUACCAAUGGCUCCCAGGUAAAUGGCUCUUCAGUCUGUCUUCCAAACAAAGCACAGUCACCAUUAAAGGGUCAGUGAUGGUUGACAUGAAGAUGUCCUUCAGAGACUCAGAUGUUUGAAAACUUGGUCCCCAGUUGAUGGUACUAUUUGGUAUGGGGGGGGGGGCUUAAGAAGUGUGGCCUUGCUGUACAAAGUGUGUCACUAAAGGGGGGAUUUGCAGUUUUAAAAGG